AUUACAGCAGGCGUGGUGGUGAGUGUAGAAGGCUACCAUCCCAGCAGCACCAUGAGUCUGGAUGAGGAUGCACGCUGGCUGGAGUGGGUCACCAAGCAGUUUGAGAGCAUCGCGGGAGAAGACAAAGAAAUUGACCUGGAGGAGUUCAAAACGGCCCUCAAGGUCAAGGAGUCUUUCUUUGCGGAGCGGUUCUUUGCGCUGUUUGACUCUGACGGUAGCAAAACCAUCAGUCUGGAUGAGCUGCUGGAGGCUCUGGACCUGCUGAUCCAUGGCAGCGAGACGGACAAGCUCCGCUUCCUCUUCCAGGUCUAUGACGUCGAUGGCAGUGGCUCGAUUGACCCAGACGAGCUGCGCACGGUGCUCAAGUCGUGCCUGCGCGAGAGCGCCAUCUCCCUGCCAGAGGAGAAGCUGGACGACCUGACCCUGGCUCUGUUCGAGUCGGCUGACAAGGACAACAGUGGCUCCAUCACCUUCGAGGAGCUCAAGGCCGAGCUGGAGAACUUCCCCGAGGUUAUGGAGAACCUCACCAUCAGCGCUGCCAACUGGCUGAAGCCUCCCGGCCUGGAGCAGAAGAAGGGGCGGCAUACCCCGCGCUACCUGACGCCAGCGUACUGGCACAACAACAGCCGGAAGCUCCUCUUUCUGUGCGCCUACACUUGCCUCAACCUGCUGCUGUUCAUCACCGCCAUGCUGAAGAACGCAGAGGGGGGAUUCUGGUACAUGGUGGCCAAGGGCUGCGGCCAGUGCCUCAACUUUAACUGUACCUUUGUCAUGGUGCUAAUGCUGCGGCGCUGUUUGACCUGGCUGCGGGCCACUUGGGUGGUGAGGGUGCUGCCUCUCGACCAGAACAUCCUGCUGCAUCAGAUGGUGGGCUACGCCAUUGUCACCUUCUCCACCGUGCACACCACUGCCCACUUCAUGAACUUUGUACACCUAUCUCAGAACAGCAGCUACAGCCUGUGGGAGCACCUUUUCACUACACGGCCAGGGAUUGGCUGGGUGCAGGGCUCUGCAUCCCUUACCGGCAUGGUGCUACAGAUCAUGAUCUGUCUAAUGGUGGUCUGUUCCAGCACCUUUGUCCGCCGCAGCGGACAUUUUGAGGUGUUCUACUGGUCCCACCUGUCCUAUGUGUGGGUGUGGGCUUUGCUGGUGGUGCACUGUGCCAACUUCUGGAAGUGGUUUGUGGUGCCUGGUGUGAUCUUCCUGCUGGAGAAACUAGUGGGCGUUGCUGUUUCUCACAUGGGAGGCCUCUACAUCGUGGAGGUCAACCUGCUGCCAUCUAAGGUGACCCAUCUGGUAAUCAAGCGGCCCCAGUUUUUCCACUUCAAACCAGGGGACUAUGUUUACAUCAACAUUCCAGACAUCGCAAAGUACGAGUGGCAUCCUUUCACCAUCAGCAGUGCCCCAGAGCAGCCAGAUACUCUGUGGUUGCAUAUCCGCUCCAUGGGCCAGUGGACCAAUCGUCUGUAUGAGUACUUCAGGCAGCCAGACAGCCAGGUGGUCAGCACCAAGAGACUGAGCGCCAGCCUGAAGGACAGACGGCACCAGAGGAGGGCCCAGGUUCUCUACCUUCUUUUUCGCCCACUACUUAUAAUUCUCUCUGUUAGCAAUACAAUACAAUUCUACAUACACAAAGUCAAAACCAUACAAUUAAGUAGGACCCUGGAAUAUGGGAGUGGGCUAAAUCAUUAGAUUUUCUUGCAGGAGGAGCUGUUUAAAUGUGCGAACUGCAACGGGACGGUGGCCUCCAACGAGGACGAUGCCAUCGAGCUAACCCUGUAUCGACAAAACGGGUGUAGACCAGGGACAGGACCAUGCCCAGGACCAGGGCCACAGGGGCCCAACCCAGACCAGCAGAACCAAGCAGAGAGAGGAGAAGGCCCCCCGCUCAGAGAGACCACAGCCAAGCUUAGUGAAAACCACAGGUUCUGCAACGUCAAAUGCUUCGUGGAUGGGCCCUAUGGGACUCCGACGAGACAGAUCUUUGCCUCUGAACACGCGGUGUUAAUCGGUGCCGGUAUUGGGAUCACGCCUUUCGCCUCCAUCUUACAGAGCAUCAUGUACCACUAUCGCAUGAGGAAACAGAACUGUCCCAACUGCAGCUACUCGUGGUGUGAGAACAUCAAGGACAGUGAGAUGAAACUGAGGAAGGUUGACUUUAUCUGGAUCAACAGAGACCAGAAAUCAUUUGAGUGGUUUGUGAGCCUCCUGACCAAACUGGAGAUGGAUCAGGCUGACGAAGAGCCAGAGGGCCGCUUCUUGGAGAUGCACAUGUACAUGACCUCUGCCCUCAGCAAGAAUGACAUGAAGGCCAUCGGCCUGCAGAUGGCACUAGACCUCCUGGCCAAGAAGGAAAAGAGGGAUUCCAUCACUGGCCUUCGCACCCGCACACAGCCAGGGAGGCCAGAGUGGGGGAAGGUGUUCCAGAAAGUGGCAGAGGAGAAGAAAGGGAAGGUUCAUGUGUUCUACUGUGGAGCCCCUGCACUGGCUAAACUCAUCAAGGCCCAGUGUGAGCACUUUGGAUUCAACUUCUACAAGGAGAACUUUUGAGGACUGUCCAACAUUUUUCCUGACUGACAUCAGCACCCUCAACUAAAUCCACACACCUAUGUGCUGAUCUAUGUCAACAGUUUCUGUACCAUACAGGCUGGUUAUCCACAAGCACUAUCUCGUGCUGAAUCCGCACUAUGCCGUUACCAACCCAAGUAUGUGAAACCGACAAUCAGUAUGCUGCUAACGCCUUUGCUUCUUCCACUGUCCCUGUCCCCUUACUGGGCUCGAGCCAGUGGUCCUCUGAAUUCAAACACACCGCCCUCCUUGAAAACAUACCAACUAGUUGUGCUAUAAAAAAGGAUCCGAUAGGACCAUUGGCGUGCCUGCCCUUAAUGCUUGCCUUGGUCAAGAAGUAUAAUGUGGGCCUUUAUACUGUAUGUUCUAUCACAUUUAGUAUUCAAAUGGAUCUACCUUGCUUUAAACCAAAACAUAUUCCAAAGCACAAAUACUAAAUGGCAGAUAUUGUGACAGAGAAUGAAAUUAUAUGUUCACACCAUACACUUACAUAGUUAAGUUUAUGUACCUCUUAACUAUGUGUUGUUGCCAAUGGAUCUGAUGUUUUUUUUUUUAACUAGACAAGUCAGUUAAGAACAAAUUCUUAUUUACAAUGACAGCCUACCCCAAACAACACUGGGCCAAUUGCACGCCGCCCAAACCAUGGCCAGUUGUGAUACAGCCUGGAAUUGAACCAGGGUCUGUAGUGAGUUCUCUAGCACUGAGAUGCAGUGCCUUAGACCACUACGCCACUCGGGAGCAGUGCUUGUACUGGAUGUAUUGUAGUAGAUAUAUUUGAAGUUUCUGCUUAAAUCUUCAUGGAAGGUUGUUAAGAUACAAAAUACAGCAUAAUAUGCACCUUGGUGGAAGGGUUAAAUGGGCAAGCCUAAGUAAUGUAGUGAUUGUUCUGCAUCCUGGGUAAGACCAGAAGAUGUCCAUUAUUAUAGGAAAUUUAGAACAUAUCAAACUAACGUUACAAUUGUAUCAAACGUAUAGCUAUUCUAAGUUACGUAACUAAAGUGCCUUCAGAAAGUAUUCACACCCCUUGACCUUUUCCACGUUUUCUUUUAUUACAGCCUGAAUUUAAAAUAGAUACAAUAUAGAUUUUGUUUUUGUCACUGAAAUAUCUUCAACCCCUUUGUCAUGGCAAGCCUAAAUAUAUUCAGGAGUAAAAAUGUGCUUAACAAGUCACAUAAUAAGUUGCAUGGACUUUUGAAUGACUCAUCUCUGUACCCCACAAAUACAAUUAUCUGUAACGUCCCUCAGUCGAGCAGUGAAUUUCACACACAGAUUCAACCACAAAGACAAAGACAAGGGAGGUUUUCCAAUGCCUCGCAAAGAAGGGCACCUAUUGGUAGAUGGGUCAAAAUAUAAAAAGCAGACAUUGAGUAUGCCUUUGAGCAUGGUGAAGUUAUUAAUUACACUUUGGAUGGUGUAUCAAUACACCCAGUCACUACAAAGAUACAAGUGUCCCUCCUAACUCAGGGACUUCACCAUGAGGCUAAUGUUGACUUUAAAACAGUUAGAGUUUAAUGGCUGUGAUAGAACAAAACUGAAGAGGAUGGAUCAACAACAUUGUAGUUACUCCACAAUACUAACCUAAUUGACAGAGUAAAAAGAAGGAAGCCUGUACAACAAGGCACUAAAGUAACACUGUAAACAAUGUGGCAAAGUAAUUAACUUUUUGUCCUGAAAGUCUUAUGUUUAGGGCAAAUCCAAUACAACAGAUUACUGUGUAUCACUCUCCAUAUUUUCAAGCAUAGUGGUGGCUGCAUCAUGUUAUGGGUAUGCUUGCAAUCGUUAAGGACUGGGGACUUUUUCAGGAUAAAGAAAUAGAGGAAAGCCUGGUUCAUUCUGCUUUCUAAAAGAUACUGGGAGACAAAUUCACCUUUCAGCAGGACAAUAACUUAAAACACAAGGUCAAAUAUAGACUGGAGUUGCUUACCAUGACAACAUUGAAUGUUCCUUGAUUGGCCUAGUUACGGUGCAACCAACUUGACAGAGUUUGAAUAAUUUCUAAAAGAAUAUUGUGCAAAUAUUGUACAAUCCAGGUGUGCAAUGCUCUUGGAGGCUUACCCAUAAAAACUCACUGCUGUAAUCUCUGCCAAAGGUGAUUCUAACAUCAGGGUCAGCGUGUUGAAUAAUUAUCUAGUAAAAAUAUUUAGUGAUUUUUAAAAAAUUAUUUUGUAUUACUUUUUUACAAAUGUUAGUAUUUUUUCUUCCACUUUGACAUUGGAGUAUUUUGAAUAAAUUGUUGACCAAAAAUAAUAAUAAUUUCAAUUUUAAUUACACUUUGUAACACAACCAAAUGUGGACAUACAGGGGUGUGAAUAUUUUCUGAAGGCACUGUAUGUCAUUUACAUCAUGUAAAUAGUGUAGAUUUAGAUUUCUGUUCAAUAGUGUAUUAUUGAUAGCUAAAUUAUAAAUAUUAAUUUUAGAUUUACAUUUCUGUUAUAUUAUUGGUAGUUACAUUGUAUUUGUUUAUUUAGGUUUCACUGCAAUUCAGCUUUUAGCUGCCAAUGUUGUACAACAUGAAUAAACUAAACUAUGAUUAUUAUAAAUGCAUAGCAUAGCAGUUUAUAUAAUAUUAUGAACAGAGUGACUAAAUGUUCGAGAAACAUUUAUAGUAUGUGAAUAUGGAUCUAUAUAAGAACAUUGUAUUUUGUAAGUGGUAAUGGUUUUAUUUGUUGUAACCGACAGUCUAUAAAACUAUCCAAAAUGCCAAUCCAAAACAAGUCUGUCUGUAUAGACCUGUCUAAAGCAUAGUUUGGUGAACAAUGUGAUUUCCCCUGUUGCCUUGUUGAAAUUAUACAAUUAUUUCCUGCGCACUGAAUGGUGUAAGGGGUUCUAGGGGAACCUAACUGCAAUAAAUGAAAUGCAGGGCAGAAAAUGAAUUGUUUUUCAGACAUUGUGUCUAUAUGUGAGUUAUUUGAGCAGUCUUUUACAUAGCCCCCAUUAUCCUUUGAUUAAAAAAAAGGGCUUGUGUGCCUAUACAUAAACUUUUGCCUAUGGGGGUGUUCUCUAGCCAAAGGAGGUUCUUAUAGGCUGUGUUUUCUGCCUGUCUAAACGAAGCCAAUGUGUGUUCGAGCAGUAAGCCUUACUAAGACGACUAUAAAAAAUAAAGUUGUGAGUGAAGUCGGGGAAGGGGCAUCUGCGACAGCCGAAAGUCAGACACUGUAGUGGUUUUCUAACAUCAUGGCAAGGCUCAUGCUGGCUUCACAUGCCCAUGGGAAACUGGGAAGUCGUAAAUCCGACAUGAUUGGGCUAGUUUGAGUGGUAAGGACUGAAGCAAUGUUUUCCAACAGCAAGGCUCAUAACAUGGCAGUGUUGUCAUUGUUUGUAUGAAAAGAAUCUUUGUAAUAUCGAUAUAAACAUGCCUCCAACCCCCAUAUC